UCUAUGCGAAGGAGAGAGCUGCUAACUAACGACACGCUCCGCUGUUAGCGUGAACCAUCAGUCACAACAAGUAACAGCAAAAAGCUUUAACGUUACAUUAAGCUCCGCUCAGGCAGUCGUGUACAUUUUGGCGUGACAAAUAACGCAAGCUGUAUCCUGGUCGUCUGGAUUAAUCACAGCGAAGGUCCUCCGCCUUCUCCUUCCUGUGACAGAUGCUGAGGCCAGAGAUCAGUCUGUUCAACUGUUAGAGGUGACAGGGUGAGGACGGGGGAGGAGUGUCGGCCAGCUGCACCAGGUUUUGUCUCAUGAGAGUGACUGCGCCAUCCAGGCACUGCCAGUGACCAGGGCUGUGGCUGUGGUGGGCCCGGCCCAGGAGGCCUUUUUGUACAUCUUCUCAGGCCCCUGCUGACCUGUGCUGCUCACACCAUGGAUCAACAGAGAGAUAAAUAUGGCGAGCGGCCCGCCAGGAGCACUAAAGUUUCCCAGGGAAGCCGCAGCGGACACUCGUCCCGACCAUCUGGCUCCUCCAGCUCAUCUGGGGUUCUCAUGGUGGGGCCAAACUUUCGUGUGGGCAAAAAGAUCGGCUGUGGAAACUUUGGUGAAUUGAAGCUUGGUAAAAAUCUCUACACCAACGAGUAUGUAGCUAUUAAACUGGAACCGGUGAAGUCGAGGGCACCACAGUUGCAUUUAGAGUACCGGUUCUACAAAACACUGGGAACUACAGCUGAAGGCGUGCCCCAGGUGUUUUACUUUGGACCCUGUGGGAAAUACAAUGCCAUGGUUCUGGAACUGCUGGGCCCAAGUCUAGAGGACCUCUUUGACCUUUGCGACCGGACCUUUUCACUGAAGACGGUCUUAAUGAUAGCUAUUCAGCUGAUUUCUCGAAUGGAGUACGUGCACUCUAAAAACCUCAUCUAUAGAGAUGUAAAACCUGAAAACUUUCUCAUCGGACGGCAAGGAAAUAAAAAGGAACACAUCAUCCACAUCAUAGACUUUGGUCUGGCCAAAGAGUACAUCGACCCUGAGACCAAAAAACACAUUCCAUACAGGGAGCAUAAGAGUUUGACUGGCACUGCCCGAUAUAUGUCCAUCAAUACACAUUUAGGCAAAGAGCAAAGCCGGCGAGAUGACCUGGAGGCCUUAGGCCACAUGUUCAUGUAUUUCCUUCGCGGGAGUCUACCGUGGCAAGGACUAAAGGCCGAUACGUUGAAAGAACGAUACCAGAAGAUUGGGGACACAAAACGAAACACUCCCAUCGAGGUCCUCUGUGAGAACUUCCCAGAGGAGAUGGCCACCUACCUGCGAUAUGUGAGACGGUUGGACUUCUUUGAAAAGCCAGACUAUGAAUAUCUGCGAACUCUGUUCACUGAACUGUUUGAGCGAAAAGGAUACACCUUUGACUACACUUACGACUGGGUUGGCAGGCAGAUACCCACACCAGUGGGGUCUGUCCAUAUAGACUCUGGAGCAUCUGCUGUGACGAGAGAGAGCCAUGCUCACAGAGACCGGCCCUCACAGCACCAACCAAUUCGAAAUCAGACAGCGGUCUCAGAUCGACGAGGAGCAUGGGAGGUGCAGCCCACACGCCAAGCAAACUCCUCCUAUCUGACCUCCCACCUGGCAGCGGAUAGGCACGGGGGCUCAGUGCAGGUGGUCAGCUCGACCAACGGGGAGCUGAAUGCAGACGAUCCACUGGCCGUCCAUUCCACACAGCCCAUUACACCUCAGGCAGAGGUGGAAGUGGUCGACGAGGCCAAGUGCUGCUGUUUCUUCAAGCGAAAACGGAAGAAGAACACGCCGAGGCACAAAUGAUCAUCCGCCACCGGCCUGAAACGCUCCAAGGUCCGGCUCAGUUGAUUGUGAUUUCAGAAAUCAAUAAGGUCCCAUUCCAACUGAAAGAUCUUGAUUGAAUUGCUCUCUGGAGGGGACCCGUUAAAAUGGUUUGUUGAGAUGUACAAGAUGCUUGUGUCUUUUGAUGGGAGUCCCUUUUCACGUUUUCUUCUUCUUCUUUUUUUCCUCCAAGAUGUGUUGGAAUGUUUUGCAGGCCAGUUGUCCAAAUGGAAACCUUUUUGUUUGAAUUC